CGGCCGAAGAGGAGGCGGAGGAGGAAGAGAGAGAUGGGGUUGCAGAAGGAAAAGGGGAAACCCUCUCAGGUUAGUCGCAAGGUGAUCCAAGGAAAGGGCUUCGACGGCAACGAUCACUGGGCUUUUCUGGAAGAAAUUGAAGCCCCAUUAUGGGUAGACCUAACGAUUGAAGCUCAAUCCGUGGACAAUGACAUUGACGAUGCUUGGUUCCGGGUAUCACAUCCGAUCCAUCAAAUGUCUUCUCAACAACUCAAGAAGUCCUUCAAAAACGUUGGCAAAUAUCAAGAUAUUUUGCUGAUUUCUCGAUGCUACUCUCCGAAGAUUCCUGAGUCUGUCUCACGAUCUAGAGGCAAGCAUUGCGAGAGCCGGAAAUGGUUAGGAAAUGUGAAUGGUUCUUUAACCGCUAAACAACAUCCUGUUAGGAAGUUAAUGGGUGGGAAAAGUUUGGAUACAGUAAAGAAGAAGGCUACUACUCGGAAUAGCUCAACGAGCACGAUCACAGAAAGUUCAUCUUCCAGGAAACCGUUACAGAGCUCAAGUGUUCUCGAGGCCAAUGCUGCAACUGAAACAAGCUUGUCGAGUGGUGUCAUGUCCAAGUACCAAAAUUUGAGGCCAAAGUCAAGCUUUCGAGGUCCCAGGAAGACUUGUGAUGUGAAGAGAGUAACUUCUCAGGUUGCUGGCAAAGUUUCUAGUGUGGCUCACAUUUCAGGAAAAUCUAGUGUAGGUUCCUCUUGCAGCCCUGGAAGCAUAGUCCAGAAUGUCAACACUACUAAAAUACAGAAAAAUGGAAUGUGCAAGGAAAAGAAGGCAUCAGGAACUGUCAUAAGGGCACAUGAAACACGAAUUAAGGAUGUAACUCAACGUGUGCACCAUCAAAAUAAAGCAGGUGAUGCUAAAUUGGUCUGCCAAGAGUCAGAAUCCAAGGCUUUAGGCCCUGCCGCACCCAGGAACCCUUUAAGUCAGCUCAAUAAAUCAAGACCACAAAAGACUGGAGUUGUCACAAUUCAAAGAAACUUCUCUCAGUUAGGAAUAAAGAGAAUACUGCAGUGUCCCAUAUAUGUGAAGUGAAACUCACACAUUACAGGUAAUAACCAAUGGAAGAUAGCAGGAAAAAAAAUCUGACAACCAAACUCCCUUGAGGUGGGACAUGCUUUUUCACAUGUACAGAUUCCCUUCUCAACAUAGGAUCGUUUUACACUGUUAGCUUUCUAGUGCAAAAAAAAAAAAAAAAAACUAAAGCUAACACUGUUAGCUUUCUGAUCUUGAUGAAAUCAUGCAGAAAUUUUUUGUUACUAAUUGAAACUUGGAUGUUGUUGGUUCUAUUUUUUGUUAUCUGUUCUGCGAGUAUACAUUUACCAAAUGCUAAAAUCAGAUAUCGAACGACUUGUUCCUAAGCAUGAUGGUAUGAUUUUCCAUGAAAGAUAUGUGGAUGAUUAUUUGUGAAAUGGCCCAUCAAAGAUUGGUGGCUAGUCAUAGCACACAUUAAAAUGAUUAAUCAGAAGAAGCAUAGUGAAGAUGUGAAUGCAGGGCAAGGUUAGAAAAUGGAACAAACAAGGUCAAAGCAGUAUGCUAAAGCUAGCUAAAAGUAAUAAGACAGCUCCAUGGAGAAGCUUCAUGCUGAUGCUUGCAAUAUAAUUUAUGUAGCUGCAUAAAUUAUAUGAAAUACCCAUGCUGCUGAUAUCUU